AUGGGAAACUGCUGCGAUGCGCCCUCUGGGCAGGAGGAGGGCGAGGAGAUCGACCUCGGUGAGCUGGAAUCUGCUACACCACCUAAACCAGCAAUCACGUUGGAGUGGUUGUACGAGCCGGGGGAGGUGAAAGUCCUCUAUUAUGGCGACAUGGAGGAAUACAAGAAGAUCCCCCGGGUGCCUCAGGCAUGGGAGGUUGCCACCACCAUCUCCGUUGCCAGCCCGCGCAACUUCUCGCCCGCGCAGGCCAUGCAGGUGGAUGACAGCAUCGAUGGGACUGAGAGCCGGCCCAACGAGGCAUCGGCGGGCGCAUCUUCCGCGAGAGCACCGGCGGCGCUGCCGGUGCUUCUUGGUCGCCUCAACAAGGACGAAGAGGCACAGCUGCUGCAGAUGCGUGUCCAGGCAGUGAGAGUUGCCCGCCAGAGUAUGAGGGAGAAAGACCAGGCGGCUGCUGGGAAGGCUCCUCCAAAGGACAAGGCGCCCAAGGCCAAGGCAUGCACUUACAACCUUCUGAAGCAGACGGAGCAGCUGGAGCAGAACAAGACCGGGCAGGAUGGGAGGUGCGAGCGCCCCCGAGGACGCCAGCUCCUGGCGGCUUCUGCAGUGACUUCCCGCGAGCCUCGCCGCAUCAGUCGCUGCCGCAGCGAGCCAGCGCGAGCCAGCGCGAAGGUAGCCUGCUGA